AUGUUUCAGUUGCCGUUGUUCGACUACGCACACCAAGUCCGUGCAGCAGUAUUGACUCUUCAAGCCAACAAUCAAGGCAAUAUUCUCUACUUGCAAGCCAGAGACUCAUAUCUGCAAUUCUCUGCACAAAAACUGAGAGACUAUGUAUCCUAUUUGCGGAAAAGUGGGUACACAGCAGUGAAACCAGUUGUUGGAAAUGAGGAGAUUAAUGAGUUGACACCGCCAGGAGAUCAGGUGGAAGAACAGCCCAGAACUGGAAUCAUUGAGCCCCAUUUAGAAGCAGAUUUGGGUGCUAGGAGGAAGAACACCAACCUAAAACUCAAUCUGAAGCCACAAGAACUGGCUCAGUUGGAUCAAGGCCUCAUGGAGAGACUCCCGGACAAUGUGGAUAUCCUCACGUUGAAUAAAGCUGUCUAUCAGAUAGUUCUUUCCAGAACUAGGCCAAAGCCUAAAGAUGGUGGCUUCAUAUUCAAAGCCAGGAAGAGGAUGGAACAGCUUCUAAAGAAAAUAACGACAACUAGACAGCAGGCAUCCAGAGUUCAAAGUGUGAUUGACUUCUUGAAAGCAGGAAGAGUAUUUACCCCAAGAAUAAGGAGGAUAGCUCAUAAGAUAAGACAACAGCAUCACACUUUGAAUGUGAGAGUACUUCUCACUAUCAAACAACAUUGUAUAGACAGGAUACAGGCACUGAAAAUUGCUCAACAGUCCUUGAAAAAGAGAGUUAGAUGGGUUGAUGAUAAUGCUACAUUCAGCCUCAACCCUUCAAGACUGUUGGAGGGACAAAAACCUGUAGAAGCAAACAAUGCACUACCUGCUGUAGAGGAGAUUGAAGCUUUCUGGGGGUCAAUCUAUGAGGUUCAGCCUCUGCUAAAUAAGGAGACUCCUGCCUUGGGGGCCUUUGCUGACAUGUGCAGAUCCAUACGGAAUGAGAGGGAGGAUUGUGCACCAGUAACUGAGGAGGAGGUGAGAGGAGUGAUUAGAGGCUUAAGGAACUUCGCCUCACCAGGCCCUGAUGGUAUUAGUGGGUACUGGUGGAAACAUCUGCCUUGUACCCAUCGUCACUUGGCACGGAUAUUCACCAAUUAUUUGUGUGAACAUCACCCCAUCCCAGGUUGGCUGGUUGAAGGAAGAACGAUCCUCCUACCCAAAAAGGGUGAUUUGUCCAACCCAGGCAAUUAUAGACCAAUCACCUGCCUGAAUGUCUGCUACAAGAUCCUUACAAGGAUCAUAAGUGAUCGAAUAUUGCAGCACAUUCAGCCAGUAUGGCAGCAGUGUUUUGAGCAGGGGGGCAGUAAAAGGAACAUGGCGGGCUGCAAAGAAAAUUUGAUUGCUGAUAGAUGCAUCAUGCAAGAUUCAGUUCAAUAUAAACGUAACCUGUCCAUGGCCUGGAUUGAUUACAGGAAGGCAUUUGAUACCACAUCACAUCAGCUAAUAGUGCACUUAUUACAAUGCCUUUCUGUGCCUCCAAGCAUAGUGAGAUGCCUGGAAGAUCUGUUUGCCCUGUGGAAAACCCGUUUUGAGGUCAGAUCACAGCAGAGAAUGGUGUCAACUAAGGUGGUAACUUAUGGGAGAGGUGUCUUCCAAGGAGAUUCAUUGAGCCCUCUUCUAUUCUGCAUUUCACUGCUGCCAUUGUCUGCUGCCCUGAAGAAAACAAAGGGCUAUUGCUGUGGCACACCAGGAAACAGGAUCCAUAGAGUGAGCCACCUUUUCUAUAUGGAUGACUUGAAGAUUUAUGCAGCUAGCAAAUCUGACCUCAAGUUGGCUGUAGGUGUGGUGCAGCGAUAUUCAAAUGAUAUUGGCAUGUCUUUCGGGUUGGACAAGUGUGCAGUAACACAUCUCCUGAAAGGAAGGUUACAGGGCCUGGUGCAGGAAAUGGAGCUUAUUGAUGGAAGCAUAAUAAGAGCCCUGAGAGCUGGAGAGUCAUACCAGUAUCUGGGAUUUGAUCAGAAUCAAGCUCAGGAUGCUGUAAAAAUAAAGAUGGCUCUCUGCAGUGAGUAUGAGAGGAGACUCAGGAGGCUCUGGUCAUCUGAGUUAUCUGGUAAGAAUAAAGUUGAAGCCACCAACAUGCUCGCUGUGCCGGUUCUCACCUACUCUUUUGGAGUGGUUAAGUGGAAUCGGAAUGAGCUCCAGGACCUGGACAGGGAAACCCGAAAAAGGAUGCACAUGGAGAGAAGUUUACAUCCCCGCUCUUCUGUUGCCCGAAUAUACCUGCCAAGGCAUGAAGGGGGCAGAGGUCUACUUGGUUUGGAGAAUCUGCACAACAGGGUGGCCUUACAGUUUGCCUGCAGCAUACAAAGAUGCUCUGAUCCCCUUAUGCAGCUGGUUCAUGACCAUGAAGUUGCAGGGGUUGGGGCCUUCCUAUAUAAGGCAGCACGGCAUGCGGCAGAUACCCUUGGUCUCGAUUUUCGCACUGAUCGGGAGGAGGAGCAUGAGCCUAAUCAGCUCAGGGCUAGAAUAAAGACUGCUGAGUCCAGACUCCUGUUGCAGCAACAUAAGGACAAGUCCUUGCAUGGUGUUUUCUACAGGCAUGUUGAGGAGCAAGGCUUGUCCAAGCCACUGACUUUUGCUUUUCUGAAGUCAGCAGCCCUGAAAUCUGAGACUGAGGGUUUCAUACUGGCAUGUCAAGAUGGUGUCAUCAACACAUUGUCAUACCGCAGCAGAGUAAUGCACAUGGAUGUUCCUGAUAUCAGUUGCAGGGUGUGUCAUAGAGCACCAGAGACGAUCAUGCACAUCCUGUCUUCUUGUUCUGUGCAUGCAACUGCAGGCUGCAUCCAUCGACAUAAUGCUGCUCUGCGAGUUCUCUAUUACCAUCUUAGACACUCAUAUGGUAUCGACAAAACACCAGUGCUGCCUUAUGCCCCAGGGGAGAUUGAAUCUGUUGUGGGGAAUGAGAGGUGCCGAAUUUAUUGGAAUUACUCAUUCUCUACCACCAGGCUUUUAAGAGCCACAAAGCCUGAUGUUGUCCUCCUUGACAUCACUUCGAAGACAAUGUAUGUCAUUGAGUUUUCAGCACCAGCUGAGGGUAACAUUGUCACCAAAGAGGAGGAAAAACAGACGAAAUAUCAUGACCUACUAAUGGAGCUGCGCAGGCUAAACCCAGGCUACUCUGUGAGAAUGGUGGUGUUGAUUGUAGGUGUACUGGGAGGCAUGAGACCUUCAUUUUUGGCCAACCUUAGAACGAUUCCAGCCUGUGAGAGACCUGCUGCUGUGCUUGCAGGUCGGAUGCAGAAGGCUGUCAUUCUUGGAUCAUUACGUCUACUCAGAGCAAACGAUUUAAUGGUAACGGACCCAGUAUGA